AUGGCCACAAAAAGAGUGGUUUUGAGUGAAUUAAGAUUAGCGGAUCUUAAAAGAGAGCUGGAGGAGCGUGAGAUGGAUACAAAUGGGAGAAAGACCGAGUUACAACAGAGACUUCAUGCGGCUCUGAUACAAGAAGAUGAAGAUCCUGAUAUUUUUAUGUUUGAAAUUCCUGGAUCUGUCGAUAUAAAUUCAUUUAUGAAACAAUUGCAGACAAAUUUAACCAAUAAAUUGGAAGAGAGUUCUAGAAACCUACAAAAGAAAUUAGAAGAGCGAUUAGAUGAGAGUUCAAGAAAAAUAAGGGAUCAACUAACAGGAGGUAUUAACUAA